UGCUUGCUGGUUUUCCGACCAACGGCAGCUCACCUCGACGCCACGCUCGCCGCCUCCCGCGCCGGACUUGCGCCACUUUCCUACGCUUGCUGAUUUCCGCCGACCAAAUACCUCGGGCGGUGACUUCAACGCUGACGGCCCCUGUGACGGUUCGAGGGGACUUCAUCAGGCGACCGGUAUCCUCAACCCGGCGGCCGGCGGCUUCUACUCAGUAGCGCUAGCGUUCCGCUCUUCUGGGUAUUAGGCUAUUGGCAGUCGCUGUUUGGUGCCGAUGAGCAAGAAGAGGAUGUCCCUGAAACCAGCCAAGUCGUUGAGAGAUGCUGAAGAAGUACAAACUUCAGAUUACAUUGCAGGAGACGUUCUUGAUGACCUACUGUCGAAACUUGUCAGGAGUGUGGAGGUUGCAAAGGCGUCUAGGGGAGGUUUACCAGAAAAGAUAUGGAUGAAGAAACAAUUUGCUAUCGGGGUCAAUGACGUGACAAGGGUUCUCGAGCGAAUGCCUCCGGCUGCUGCCACUAAUUCUACUCAUAGUUCUACUGAAGCGCAAACUGUCUCAGGUCGGCGUAGAGCUCCUUUGGUGCCGCUGCAGGCUGUCCUUAUAGCUGCUGAUUGCAAUCCCAAGUCAUUAACAAAACAUAUACCGACCCUGGCAUCUACAAGGCAGGUUCCGGUACUGUGCAUCAAGGACAACAAAGGAGGCUCAGUGAGGUUGGGUCAUGUGGUGAAUAUCAGAACAGCACUUGCCAUUGGAGUAAAGGCUGGAGACAGCGUAGUCAACAAGACUAUCGACGAGGUGCUAGAGUGUAGUAAGCAAUGAACCAUAAAUUCUCUCUGGGAGCAGCAAAAUGAUGGACAAAAAAGUUUGAACUCCUCGGCGUGCAACAGUUCCAGAGCAUAUGAGAGAUGGGGUUAACAUCGACAUAAAGAGAAGAAAUUUUAGAAGGGGAUAAACGAUUCUACCAGAUCGUAUGGCAAUAUCAAUCUUCUUACACCGAUACUCGGAGAACCUUUUCUACCAAUACUCAUGGGCAAUAGGCCAGGUUAGUUUGUUAGGUUCGUACAACUCUGUUUGGAUGGAUCGCAAAGAUAUUUGUGUAUAGCAUGCCCAUUGUGAUCUUAGAUUGUCGCCUAUGUUCUUCUCUGUAACCAACAGUAGUUGAUGUAAAAGUAAUGUUGGCAUCAUUGUAAGUUUGAAUGUUUAAUGUGUCAAGUUCUUGAGACACCACACCACAGCACUUGAGACACCACA